AUGGUAUCAGUUACCAUCACGCUGCUCUACAUCGACAUCGACGGAGUUGACGCAUCAAGAAGCUGUACAUCGACACCGACGUCCAGUUCAUCUACGUCGACUUCGACAGCGCCGAGAACCUCGACGUCGUCUACGCAUCACAUAAGCUCAUCACUGAAGAAUGAGUAUAUGACUGAACGUGACCCUAUAGUCUUGUGGAAUGCAUUGCAUGAACGCUUUGAAAAGAUGGAGACUGUACUACUUCCUCGAGUAAAACGCGAAUGGCAGAAUCUUCGCUAUCAAGACUACAAGACUGUGGAGGAAUACAAUGCCAAACUCUAUGCAAUUGUUACACGCAUGAAGUUGUGUGGACUUAAGCUGACUGAAUCAGAUCUCAUAGAGAAAACCUUGUCCACUUUCCAUCCUAAACAGACAUAUUUAAGCCGCCAGUAUAAGAAAGAAAAAUACAAGAAGUAUAUUGACCUUAGUAAUACUUUACAGCAAGACCAAGGUGAAGAUGAAGAGUUGAUGCAGAAUCAUCUAACUCGCCCUACUGGCAGCUUAAGUAAGCCUGAAGCAAAUGCUGUUUCUUCAUCACAGAAGAAUGAAGGAAAAGGAAAGGAGUCACAGAAGGCACCUUGGAAAGGAAAAAACCAGAAGUUUAAUAACUUCAAAAAGAAGGGACAGUGGAAAUCAAAGAAAAUUCCACCAGGGGGAGAAUAUGGCAAACAGGACCAAGAAUGCUAUAGGUGUGGAAUGAAAGGCCAUUGGUCUAGAAUAUGUCGCACUCCUAAGCAUAUAGUGAAACUCUAUCAAGAACUCAAUGGUCAGCUCAAGAAAAGGAAGACUGAACAUGAAGCUCACUUUGUCUCUAGCCGGAAGUUUGAACAAGGUGAAUCUUCCAAGUCAAAGGAAAUGGAGAUUGACUCUUCAAAGCAUGAAGAGAAGAAUGAAGCUCCAGCUGCUGAAGAAAAUCCUGAAGAUAUGUUAGUAGAUAUCAAACCUACUGACACUAUGGAUGAAAUCAUGAAGAAUCUAGAGAAUAAAAUUCAGCAAGAUGAUGAUGAUGAUCUUCUAGGAGAAGAGCUUGAAGAUAUGCAUGGGGACUCUGUCUAAGUCUUCCAAAUUGUUCCCAACUAUCUAAUAGUAUAGUGGUCUUAAUAUUACAUUAAGUAUUUUAAAAUUCCUGCAUGAAUUUUGUGGUUUGGAGUCAGCUCAUGUAGAGCUUAUUUAUGUAAUAAGAG